AUGACCACAACGGAAUGGAUCGCCGGCGCCGCCAGCGCUGAUGACAGCAACGAGAAUCGCCUCCCUCAUCGGAUCUGCUUCUCCUUCGCCGCGUACUCGAAAACGGUGCUCGACCACCUAAAAUCCUCCGGCGUACACAUCGCAGCCGGCCUCCUCGUCGGUGCUGGAUUCCCAAAUUGGCGCUUCGCAUCACUGCAGCAGCUCCAAGUCCUCGUCUCCCUCCCGGCAUCCGACUUCCUCUACGAGAUCUCCCAUUCCCUAGUUUGGCCGCUGGUUUGGGGUCCCCAUCCAUAUUCCCAUGCUGAGUCCAUCGCACGGGCCCAAUCCCUCCUCGCCGGUGCCCUAAAGCUUAUUCCCGUCUACCGCCACUUCUACAUCGUCGCAACUCCAAAUAUCGCCGGAAACCCUGUUUUCUACAUUAUCGGCGGCGACGUGCGCUGCUGCGGAUUUGAUCUAUCUGAUUUCUUCUGCUUCAAGGAGCUAUGCUUUCUACCGGCGGCGGCGCCAUCGUGGACUGCGACGGAGGCGAGGAGGGUGGAGGUGUGGACUGAUUUGGCAUCUGGAGGUUUCAUCACUGGCGACGGAACCCAUGGGUUGGAGCGAUUGAUGAAAGCGUUAGGGUGGAGACUGUGGGAGGGUGGUUGGGGGAGAAGGAAGUGA